CCUCUUUCUUAUCAUUGUCCACAUUCCCCCGGCCCCGCGUCAUGUUCACAGCCGCCAGUGUUUCUGCUUCAACUCCAGCGAUUCUCCCUAGACCCACGAUACACUCCGCCGUCAGCUGUCAUCAGUGCGACUCCGACCAACGACCCAUGCCGCGACUACACUAUUGACGACUGUUUGCUGCUCUUCUACAGUAGCUAAGCUGCUUUUCUACACCCUUGCAGACGGAGACCUACGUUGCACUAUGAUGCUAUAAGGCCAAAGAUCUUUACCCAACAAUGAGGUGAGCAUAAGGCCAAAUAUCGUUACCCAACAAUGAGCUUACUUCAUCACUUUCACCUCUCAAAUUCUCCUCUCGGACCAAUGAGUAUCAAGGUUGAACUUCAGAAGAUUGGAAUUCUUGGGCUUCAGCUGAUAUGGCAUUUCCUACACUUCAUUGUUAGCGCAUCUUACUUUGUGGUUGGUAUUGCCACAACACUUGAAAGCUAUUUGAUAUCUUGGGGAUUCCCAUGCAAGUACAAGCAUCUUAAUAUAGACAGGGUUCAAUAUCUUGCCAUUGUGGUCGAAAGUGAUGAAGCUUAUAAUACAUUAAAAAUUAUUGAACUUCUGGAAUGGUUGAUAUCGUUGGGCAUUAGAAGCGUUUGCUUGUAUGAUGCUGAAGGGGUGCUUAAACAGUCCAAGGAAAUCAUUUUGAAGAAAGUAAAGAAUGCGUCUGAAUUUCAGGGGAUUGAUGAACCUCUCCAACUAAACAAAAAAGGCAUUACUCUGGAGUUCAUAUCAGCCUCUGAUGGAAAGGAAGCCAUUGCCAGAGCAGCUAAUUUUCUUCUUCAAAAUAAAUGGAGAAAAACCAACAUGAGUGGAGACCAGAAGCAAUGCUUAUCUGAAUCUCAAAUGACCGAGGCUUUAAAAGCAGUUGGUUGUGGAGGGCUUGAUCCUGACCUCAUUUUAGUAUAUGGGCCUACAAGAUGUCACUUUGGGUUUCCUGCCUGGAGGAUCCGCUACACAGAGAUUCUACACAUGGGACCGUUGAAGUCCAUGUUAUAUGGUUCAUUGCUAAAAGCCAUUUACAAGUUUACCAUGGUGCAACAGAACUAUGGUAAAUGAGCUGAAGCAUCGUGUAGUGAUGGAAGACCAAUGAAAUAAGGACAAGAUUUUUCUCAUUUGAACAGUCAUAGAUUUAGUUUUAUGAACCGAAUCCAAGGGUUUUGUCGUUUCAUUACUCUUUUAAUUACUGUAAAGAAUUCAUAAGCAAUAUAGGCAAUUAUAUAAAAUUCACCAACCCUACGCAAUAAAGUUAUUAUUAUUAUUAUCAU